AUGAUAGAUGAUUCAAAUAAAAGUGCUAACUCCCCUUCCUCCGUAAGCGAAAAUAAUAUUUUUGUUCGCUCAAGGAGGGGGUUAAUUUUUUUAAAAAACAUUAUAUAAAAUUUUAUAGUAAAAUUGUUUUUUUCCCAAUUCGAAAAAAUCGAGAAGCAAAAAUUAAACUUAAUUUAUAAAAUUAUGUUUUAAAAUGCAAGCUGUUUUAAAUUCGACAGACUUAUAUAACAAAAUAAUUUUUAAUAAAAAAAUUUUUUGUUCACUCGCGGAUGGAGGCUUUUACCAAAAAUAGAGAUUUUUUCAUAUGUUUUGCUCGUUCACAGAAUUGGGAAGUAGGCCUUUGAAUGGCAACACUAUUCCAAUAAAAGGAAAUUCUUUAUUGAGAGAUCUUUCGGGUACUUAUUCAACUACUGAUUCAAAUCAUAUGAGAGUAGAUCUCUAUACUAAGAUUUAUAAGCGAAUUAGACCCAAAUCAUCAAAAACUUAUAGAAAAUCUACAGCUAGGACAGCAAGCAACGAUAAUGACUCAGAAAAUGCCCCUUCAUUACUCCUUACGCAAAUAAGGCCUUCUACAAGGUCAACAAGUAGAAUUUCACAUAAGCCUCCUGGUCUCCCUAAGGCAGGCCAACUUGUAACACAUAUGAAAUCUUUAUUAUAUGAUUUUCACAAAUUAAUGAGUGACAAAAGCGAGCUUAUUCGUGAUUUAGCCACUUAUGAGAAUAAUUUUGCUAGCUCUCCUCUUGGCUAAUGAGCAGAGCCAUUAGAAAAAAAUAUACCUUUUUUGGAAAAUUAAUUGCACUUUGUAAGCGAAUGAAAAUUUUUAAAGCAAUUAUAUAUAAAUAAUAAAUAUAAUUUAAUAAUUGUAAUAAUGAGCUCUCCAGCAUUUAUAUUAAAUUUUAAAUAGGCUUUACAUCUUAUAAUAUAAUUUUUAUAAAUAAAGAUUUUUCAUUUCAAAUAUUUAAAAAUUUAAAUUUAAUAUCGGUCAAAAAUUAACCCCCUUUAGGCGAAGAAAAAUUCUGCAACUAGCCAAGGGGGAGUAAAGAAAAUGAAUUAUUUGUAAUGCUAGAGAGGUUAAGACUCAAUGCAGUUUCAUUGCCUGAACAAGAAAAACUAACUCAAGAACAAUUUAUGGAUAAUAAGGUUUUAGAGAAAUUGAAUAAAGGGCUAAGCUCUAUAGUUUCUCUUGAAAGAGAAAACCUCAAAACCGAUGAAACUUCUGUCGAAAAUGAAGAAUUUUAUGUAAGAAAAAGUUUGCAAUUCCAAAAACUAGAUAUCGUUUACCAAGGAAUUUUUAUUAUCUCUAGUGUAUCUACCUUAAUAAAUAUAAGGAGUGAUAAAUGAUUAGAGCAUCUAGAAAUUUCUGCUCAUCCAAUCAAUGGACCUGCUUUGCAGCUGAAUCUUCGUUUAUCGAUUUCUAAUACUUAUCAGAACCAAAAACAAAUUUUUCGCAUCAUUACAAAGAAAAUUCUUCCACACUUAUACUACAAAUACAUUGAUAAUUCUAUGUGUAUUUUUUAUGAUGAAAGGCAUGGGUCAACAUUUUAUAGCAUUAUAUGCAAAAUUAAAGGUCUAGGACAAUGCUCUGUAGAAAUUACAGAAAAUGAGAAUGAAGUACGUAUAGAGCCAAGCAUAAUUGACCACGCCUUAGAAGUACCAAGAAGUGUUAUCACCCAUGAGCCUACUGUAUUUAAAGUGAAACCAAGCCACAUCGCUUAUCUUAUAUCUAAAUAUAUGUGCUAUGUGCAUCUUAAUAGGUCUUUAUUUUGGAUUGAAGGGGAUAAUCAAGAUUUUAUUUAUUUACGCCUGCAAGCGCUUUAAAUUUCAACAAAAUGUUGGCUAAAUUUCAAUUUUUUGGUUUAAUUUAAUAAAUAUAUAUUAUAUAUUAAUUUUGUUAAGGUUUCUAAUAUAAAUUGUUUUAAAAAAAAAUUACCCCAAUUAAAUUGGGGAAUUUUAUUUUUAUCAAAAACUAAAUGAGAGGAGUUAGAAAAAGAAAGCCAAUCAAAGCUGAUGAAUGAUGAAUACUUAAAAGAAAUGCUGGACAAUACAAAUUUCAUAACACUUUAUAAAAUUGAAUUUUGUAAAGAUGGGAAGGUAUUUAAGCUGUCUGUGAUCGGGACAAAUCAUAUCGUGAAGUUAAAAGCAGAAUGGGGAUCAGAAUCAGUAGAUAUUCCAAAGGAUUCAAAAUAUUUCAAUUAUUUAGUACAGUUGCAGUCUUUUAAUAUCAGAAAGGGAUUUUCGACAGUGAAAAAUUCGCUGGAGUUAGAAUAUUUCUUUAUGAAAGUUUUUCCUAGAGCCUUUAGACAAACAGGAUGGAGAUUUUUCCUUACAAAGUUUGUUAAAUAA